AUGAGUUUUAUGCACCAAUCCACUUCAACGUUCUUUUCUUUCUUUGAAAGUACCGUAUUAUCUAAAGAAAAUGACAAGUCUGUCACAAUCAAGAACGGAAUACCCAUCGAACAGUUCGAAAAAACAGUGAUGUUUAGAAUAGUUUCCCUUUCUCUAUUAUUUACACUGAAUAUCGUAACAGGAAAUAUAUCACUCAACUACUGCUCAGUUGCUUUUACUCAAGUUGUUCGUGCAAUUAUUCCUAUGAUUACCAUGGUUUUCUCCUUUUUCUUUUUGAAUCAGAAAUAUGGCAUGCAACAUAUUCUUUCGUGUCUCAUUAUCUCAAUAGGCGUUGCUUUGAGCUGCAUGGGCGAAAUUAACUUAACUUUAAGAGGUUUUAUUAUUACAGUAAUCGGAUGUAUUCUCAGCUCUGCCAAGUCCAUUUCAAUUAAAUUAUGCUUAUCAGGUCAAUAUACAUUAAAAUCUGCCGAUUUACUUGCAAGAAUUUCUCCAUUUUCGGCAAUUGAAAUGUUCGUAUUAGCUUGUGUUGAUGGCGAGCCACAGCAUUUGCUUGGUCCUAAGUCCAAGUAUAAAGCAUCAGUUGUUUGCAUUGGAUUUUCUUUAUUAAGUGGUGUUAUGGCAUAUUUCUUGAAUCUUACAAAUUUCCUUGCUACACAACAUACAUCUCCGCUUACAGUGACCAUAGCAGGUUGUGUUAAACAGAUUGUUACUAUUGUUUUAUCAGUAAUGAUGUUUGAUAAGCAUCUGACUACGUCAAACAUCAUCGGAAUCAUUAUUACGACGAUCGGAUCAACAUGGUACUCAUUUAUUGGCUUGAAUAAUAACAAUAAAAAAAGGAAAACAGAAGUAUCAGGAACAGAAGAGUCAAACAAGCCUCUUGUCAGUAGCCAAAAUAACAUAUUCCCCGGCGUUAAAGAUUAUGAACAGAAUUCCAAUGUUACGACGGAAAAUGAUCAAGAAUCUCGAGCCACUUUUGAGUUAGUCGAUGAAAACGACAAAGGUCUGCCUUUAGAUGACAAUAUUGAUAAUAAUGAAGAAGAUGAUGAAAAGAAAAAAGAUGAAUUAUGA